CUUGGCUACAUAGCCGAACCGCCGCAGAACGGAAGAGAAGAGCAUCAUCUGUCUCGAACCCUAGCCGCCUGUCUCCAUCCCCCUCUCGUCCGCGCGACGACGACGCAGGUUCUGUUCGGGGGAUUUGUUCGUCGCCGACUCGCCGGCGGCCAAGAUGAGGCCGGUGUUCGUGGGGAACCUGGACUAUGACACCCGCCACUCGGAGCUCGACCACCUCUUCUACCGCUACGGCAGGAUCGAGCGCAUCGAUAUGAAGUCAGGAUUUGCUUUUGUUUACUUUGAGGAUGAGCGUGAUGGUGAUGAUGCCAUACGGGCUCUUGAUGGUUAUCCCUUUGGCCCUGGGAGACGCCGGCUUUCAGUGGAGUGGUCACGGGGUGAUCGAGCUGCGAGACGUGAUGGCAACAAACCAGAAGCAAACACUAAGGCCACUAAGACGUUGUUUGUCAUUAACUUUGACCCAAUCACCACAACAGUCGGUGAUAUCGAAAAGCACUUUGCACCAUUUGGGAAUAUAUCAAAUGUUCGGAUAAGGAGGAACUUUGCUUUUGUCCAGUUUGAAACACUGGAAGAAGCCAGAAAGGCUCUUGAAGCUACUCAUGCUACCACGCUUUUGGAUAGAGUGAUUUCUGUUGAGUAUGCCUUUAGGGAUGAUGGUGAAAGAAGUGACAGGUAUGAUAGCCCUAGAAGAGCUGGUGGCUAUGGUAGGUGCGGGGAUAACCCAUAUCGCCGUUCUAUUAGCCCAGUAUACCGCUCACGACCUAGUCCUGACUAUGGUCGCCCACCAAGUCCUGUAUAUGGUUCAUAUGGCAGGAGCAGAAGUCCUGUUCGUGAUCGCUAUCGGAGAUCUCCUGGCUACCGAUCGAGAUCUCCGCCUGCCAAAAGGAGAGCUUAUGACUAAUUCAGAACCGUCUCUGCUACCUGGGGCUGGAAGCUUGUAUCCGCUCUUUCCCAAUGCUAUCAACUAGUAGCAAGAAUUUUCUGUGCCUGUACUGGAGCGUUUUGCCUCAAGUGUCUUGAACUCCUGUGUUUUAAAGUAGACACCUUUAGCUAUGUGCCUAUGUAAGAGAAAGUUGUCUUGAACUCCUGGGUUGGCCGAGUCGCUGGUAGGGAGGCUGACCCAGGUUGCUCAGAGCUCGCAUGGUUAUCUCCUGGGAACUGGUUUCGGGCUGAGUUUCACCAUGGCUCGGUGAUUGUUUCUGAGAUGACUACUGACGUGCCUCGUGAUA